CUGGCCAUUUCAUUGGUCUACCAUAGUUCCUGUGGCAAAAGCCACUUCUUUUUCUUAAAUAUUUGAUGUCACACACUUAGUUUAUCAAUUAAGGUAAAAUGUAUCAUGUCAAUAAUAUAAUUCAGAAAUUAUCAAUAAAAGACAUAUUCAAAGAUACAUUACAGUCAAACAUGCUUUUAGUUCUUUGCUGCUUUGGAACCAUAAUAUUCUCAAAAGUGCAAUGGAGAAACUAUAGAGAGCCAAAGCAGUAAACACAACAUCCCAUUAUCAUUAUAGCUGAUCAAUAAUGAAUUUUCUUAUUUUAAACUGGCAAUAGUAGCCAUGAAUUCGCCUGUUGAUUGACAGGUCUGUCAUAGUUUGAUGUCAGCAUAUGCCACACCCCCUCACAUAAAAAAGCACAUUGAUUUCCUCAUCUUAAUUUCCUCGUUGGUUCUAGUCUGAUUCAGUACUACAAUGGUACAUAUAAUAAUUUCAGUGCUGUUGAUCUGUGGCACAGGCUUGCUUACAGCUGUUAAAGCAUCUCAGAUAGACAAUAUAUCAGCUCAACCAGGAGAGAAUGUCACUAUUUGGUGUCAACACAACUCAGACGUUGGAAAGAACAUACACUGGUUCAAGCAAACAAAGAGUUCUGUACCUAUUGCCAUUGUAUACAUGAUGAUAAGCUACCAGCUUAAGGAACUAUAUACUAAUUAUUUAAAUGGUUUUCAACAAGAUCAUCUGUUAAUGUCUCUGGACACCGAAAACACCUACCUACGAAUUUUAAAUGUGGAUGUUUCUGAUUCUGGUCUGUACUUCUGUGGUUGGAACUCUUUGAUAAUGACAUUUGGUGAUGGAACACAGCUAGACAUUGAAGAGAGGAGUGUAACACCACAGCAAAAUGAAACAGAAAAUACAAAAAUUAAAGAUCUGAACAAGAGCCAGAUUUCUACAAGAAACUGUUCUGAAAACAUCUUUUAUAACAUGACCUUUAUUUUUGGUGGUAUAAUUGUUAUUCUCAUCAUCAUUCUGCUCACCACGCUCAUCAUUAAGAUACAGAACAGAAGCACGCAGGGAAAAGAUGCUGAUGGCCAUGAAACACAACAUCAUGAGGAGCCCCAUUCAUCAGUGUAUGCCGCUUUGCAAUUCUCCAAACACAAAUCCAGAAGAGCAGCCAGAAAUACAGAGGAUACAGAUAUUGUGUAUUCUGCUACUAGAUAGUCCAAAAGUGGCACACAAUCAAAUACUGUAGCCUACGCUAAUGUUUAAAAGCCAUAUGCUCAUCAAGACUCUAAUAUAUGUAUAUGCUAUUACUAAUGCCAUACAUUUAAACUGAAUGUGAGCUCUGCAAUGUUCAGUAUUUUCAAUGCAAUAAAGGUUGUAAAGAUCAAAUGCA